UACAAAUUCACCAAAUUUUUUUUUCUGAAAAUCGUCAAAAGCAGAGGCCUUUGAAACUCCUCCCACCACCAGUUUGUCCUCCAGAUCCUUCCCAUUCACUCUCAAUUACAACUCUCUCUCUCAGAGCCUCUUCAAGCUGAAUAUAUAUACAUUAAGCUCAAGAAAUGGCUACCGGGGCUGUACCGGCUUCGUUUACGGGUCUGAAGAGCAGGGACCACCCAAGCUUGGGGUUCACGAGAAGUAUGGGUUUUGUGAGAAUUUCUGAUAUGAGAAGGGUUAAGGCUGGUAGAAGAAAGGUCUCGGUGAUACGGAAUUCAAAUCCCGGCACAGAUAUUGCUGAACUUCAGCCUGCAUCGGAGGGGAGCCCUCUAUUAGUUCCUAGGCAAAAAUAUUGUGAAUCAUUAUACAAAACUGUCAGGAGGAAUACACGGACUGUGAUGGUUGGAAAUGUGGCUCUUGGUAGCGAGCAUCCCAUAAGGAUUCAAACAAUGACCACAACUGACACUAAGGAUGUUGCUGCAACAGUUGAACAGGUAAUGAGAAUUGCAGACAAAGGAGCAGAUAUUGUUCGAAUAACUGUCCAAGGGAAGAAAGAAGCAGAUGCAUGUUUUGAAAUCAAGAACACUCUUGUGCAGAAAAAUUACAACAUACCUCUGGUGGCAGAUAUUCAUUUUGCUCCCUCUGUUGCACUGCGUGUUGCAGAAUGCUUUGACAAGAUUCGUGUCAACCCCGGAAAUUUUGCUGAUAGGCGGGCUCAGUUUGAGAAGCUAGAGUACACAGAAGAGGACUAUCAAAAAGAACUAGAGCAUAUUGAGCAGGUUUUUACUCCAUUGGUUGAAAAAUGUAAGAAGUAUGGAAGAGCAAUGCGUAUUGGGACCAACCAUGGAAGUCUUUCAGAUCGUAUAAUGAGCUACUACGGGGAUUCUCCAAGGGGAAUGGUUGAAUCUGCAUUUGAGUUUGCAAGGAUAUGCCGGAAGUUGGACUUCCAUAAUUUAAUUUUCUCAAUGAAAGCAAGCAACCCAGUUGUCAUGGUCCAGGCAUACCGUCUGCUUGUAGCUGAAAUGUAUGUUCACGGAUGGGAUUAUCCAUUACACUUGGGAGUCACUGAAGCUGGAGAAGGUGAGGAUGGUCGGAUGAAAUCUGCAAUUGGCAUUGGGACCCUUCUUCAGGUAUGGUUUUUAACUGUGUAGUAAAUGAAAUGGAUG